AUGUUUGGGUUCAGCUACAUUCUGGUAGAUCAGAUUCCUCCACAGGACAUUGGGUACAACACCUCUCAAGAUCUUGUAAGCACUAGCUAUGUGAAAGACCCCUCUUUGUAUGAAAAUGCUAUUCUGAUUCAGUACCUGCCAGUGUUUCCUCAUAUUAAUAAGCUUUCUAAUCAUCCAAGAGGCUUGUUUUGGAUUUUAAUGGAUAAUGAAGAUAAAAGUUGGAUGAAUUUCCUAAGAUGGACAGAGGAGUAUAGUCGUGGAGUGAACAAUUAUCUUGAUAAAGCAUUUGAACGAGCCUCUCAAGGAGAUGAAAUAUUACGCCCUUGCAAAAAAUGGUUUUACUCCAGAAAUGCACCUCAUCCAAUCAAUGAUGAUGAAGAUUCUAACUUAUGUGACGACAUUGAUGGACUGGUGGAUGGUCCUUCAUUUCCAGGAAAUGAUAUAGAUGUGUACCUACAACUAUUAAUUGCAGAAUUAAAGGACUUAUGGGAAACUGGGAUAAAAACUUAUGAUGCUGAAACCAACCAAACAUUCCGAAUGCGUGCAACCUUAUUAUGGAUAGUUAGUGAUUUUCCAGCAUUAGCAAUGCAUAGUCGUAAGAUGUGUUACUUGGGUCAUCGGAGAUUUCUGCCUCGCGAUCAUCCAUUAAGAAAAGAUAAGAAAUCAUUUAAUGAUCAGGAGGGGCAUAGACCUGCACCAACUCCUUUGUCGGGUGUAGAGGUAUUUGCAGAGCUGCGUGAAUUCGACAAUGUGUAUGGAAAGGGCAAAAAAAAAAGGCCUCGGGAUAAUAAGGGUCCCUGCAAACAAAGAUCCAUUUCUUUUGAAUUGCCAUAUUGGGCACAUAAUAAAUUGAGGCACAAUCUUGAUGUGAUACACAUAGAGAAGAAUAUAUGUGAUAGUUUGGUUGGGACUUUAUUGGAUAUAGAUCGAAAGUCAAAGGAUCAUGUAAAUUCUUGCUAUGACUUACAAGAAAUGGGGAUACGGAAAGAGCUACAACCAAUAGAAGAUGAUAAUGGUAGUGUAAGUUUGGCUCGAGCUUGUUUCUCCAUGAAGCCAGAACAAAAACGGUUGUUUUGCACAGUUAUGAAAAAUGCAAAAUUACAAAAAGGGUGUGCUUCGAAUAUAUCACAACGUGUGCAAGUGAAGGAGAUGAAAAUAUCAGGGUACAAAAGCCAUGAUGCUCAUUUUAUAAUGCAUUAUCUUCUCCAAGUUGCAGUUAGAAAAGCUUUGCCCAAGAAUGUUUCGCUGACCUUGAUUAGGUUGGGAAAUUUCUUUAGAGCCAUAUGUAGUAAAGUUAUAAGGCCAAGAGAUCUUGAAAAAAGGGGGUUCUUUCGCAAUCGAUCUUGUCAAGAAGCAUCAACAGCAGAGGGGUUCCUGGCUGAAGAAUGCUUGAGUUUUUGUUCGAGAUACCUAUACGAUGGCGUGAAGAAAAGAUUUAGUAGGUACCAAACUGAGGAUGACGAGUGCCUUCAAAAUUUUUCACCUAUAUUCCCUAACAUAGGUCAUCCAAUUGGAAGAGGGAAGAAAAAGAGAAACACUUUUCUUUUGGAUUCACAAUCCAAAGAUGAAGCACAUCGGUAUGCUCUGUUCAAUACUGGAGAUGAACAAGUGGAGAAGUUAAUUGAGGAACAAAAGAAUUUGAUGGGUAAUCAUACUAGAUCAAAUGCCUGGGUAAGAGCAAGGAAUCAUAGUCGGGAAUUUAGUAACAGAUUUGAAAAGAAAGUUGAAAAUGUUGAAGUUCCAGAUUAUUUACGAGGGCUAGCUCAAGGGCCUAAUUCGGUGGCCAAAAGAUAUACUGCAUAUUUCAUUAAUGAAUACCGAUUUCAUACGAAAACCCGAGAUGCACCCCGCAAGACUCAAAAUAGUGGAGUGACUUUAUCAGCAACAACUGAUAGUUUUGCUAGUUCUAGGGACCAAAAUCCCAUUGAUGGAGAGGUUAUCUAUUAUGGAGUUAUUCAAGAUAUCAUUGAGAUUGAUUAUUAUGGUCAUUUUAGUGUCAUAUUGUUUAGAUGUAAUUGGUUUCAUAAUGAAGUAGAUGAAUAUGGUUUAACUCGGGUAUACUUCAACAGAUUAUGUAGUACAAAUGACCCUUAUGUGUUAGCAUCGCAAGUUCAUCAGGUUUUUUAUGUGGAGGAUCCAGUUGAGAAAGAGGUUUACUAUGCAAGGAAUAAAAUCCCAGUAGAUUUGUAUGAUUUAGAGGAAGAGAAUUGUCCCAAUAUUAGAGACACAUUUUGGAGGGACCCUAAUGAUGACAUUGGUUCCUCAAGUAGAUUACCUGAUGAUACCGAUUGGGAUUGGUUGGAAGAGGAUGAUUAA